AUGCGAUUGCUACUGCAGUAUCUGUGCGCGUGUAUAACUACAAUAAAUGCAUUCUCGGCUGUCCAGCGGCGAUCGUUGAUUCCGAUGUCAUUGAGGAAGAAGUUGUGUGAAAUGAAAGCAGAUGAAACCAUGUGCGAUUUCGAGAAGGAUUUAUAUAAGCUUAUUGACGAAAUGAGCUACUCUAAGUGGGCUAUUUGCAAGCACCAUCCUGAACUAUUACUAUGCAAAUGGGACCCAUCAAUAGUUGGUGUAAUUCCGGAAACUCAACCUAAACCGGAAACGACAACGAGUAUCUCUCUGAGUAUGGAAGAAAGUCUCUCUGAAGAAUCAGAAGAAUUCGCAGUUGACGUGCCCAAUACGACACCAUCGAUUAUCGAAUCUUCGAAAUUCAUUGGAAAUGGUGGUGCGGUAGAACCGGAAGAUGUUGAGGUUGAGGAACCGGGACCGCUAAAACCUAGCGCAGUCAAGCAAGAAGUUCCUGUCAACAAGGAGCCACCACGUUUCGAAGAGAAACUUACGGACGAACGAGAAUUAGACGUUCAAACUCAACGUCCAGAGGAAUCACAGGAAGAGGAGAAUUUCGGCGAAAACAUUCUGGAAGUGAAAGAUGAUGUGUUUGGUGGAAUGUAG